GGCAACAACUCGUCGACCAAUGGCCGUCUGCCGGUGGGAUGGGUCCUCCAAAAGUACAGGAUAGACGAAUUCCCUGUCUAAUAUUCCUUAAGAAACUUUGAAGUGUCAUAGAUCGUUGCAGGUGUUCACUCAAAUAUUUUAAGUAAUGGCUCUUUCUCAGUGUCUCGAGGAUUCGCCUGGUUGGCAGACGCCGAGGACAGGACAGGAUUUAAACUUGAAAGAACUUUACAAUGAGAGACACCGACUCGCACUAGAAGAGUUGGUUGCCGGUGGAGUUGAAGCCUUCGUGGGUUUCCUCAAAAAAGAGAGAAUUCCCAACUUUCUCUCUGAUGACGAGAUUAGACGCAUAUCGCGUGCAGCAGUUGUUCCGAGAUCCGUGUCUUUGAUCGGAGACGAUUCUCAUUUGGAGCAAUCUGGCACACUGGACUGCUCAUCUGUCACUUAUUUCCCUGAGAUCUCUGAUAUUGAACCUCCAGUAUUAGAGAUGGGUUGGCCAGCGUUCACUACAGGAUCGUUCCGUGGAGUAACACGUGCUGUUGCAUACUUUCAGCCGAAUUAUGGCGAGUGCAUUUAUAGUUGCAAAGAGGCGGCAAGGAGGAUGAUAAAAAAUGCAAAGGAGGUGAUUGCUAUUGUGACUGACUCCCUGACAGACCUAGAUAUAUUCCAAGACUUGAAAGAGGCCUGUACACACCGCAGAAUCCCUGUGUAUAUUUUAAUAGACCAGUCUGCUGCUCCCUUGUUCUUACAGAUGUGUAAUAACCUCAAUGUACAGUUGGAUGAUCUGCAGCACAUGAAAGUAAGGAGCAUAACAGGCUCUACCUACUACAUGAGAUCGGGUGCUCAGAUCACUGGGAAGGUUCACGAGCGCUUCAUGUUGAUUGAUGGGAACAGAGUGGCUACCGGUUCAUACAGGUUUAACUGGACAGAUGGCAAACUCAACAGCAGCAACCUUAUCGAGUUAUCUGGCCAGAUAACUGAGAAAUUUGAUGAAGAGUUUCGCAUCCUCUAUGCCCAGUCCCUCCCGCUGCCAGCGAAUACAAGAGCUCCCUCUAGUGCCAGAAACAGCGGUAUAUAUGACCACCUUGUCCUCAAACCACCUGGAACGCCCCCCUCCCGCCUGGCACGAACAACAAAGACUCAACCAGACUGUCUGACUAGCACUCCAGCCAGACUUCAGACCCCAGAGAUCCAAAAUCAGAAUAGAGACACUCAUGAUCAAGACAGGAAGAGUAACCCAGUUUCUGAUACCUCCACGCUGGGAGAAGACUGGCUAGAGCAGGAGCUCAUGGAGGAAGAAUUGUCAUCCGAAGAUCCUGUUCGUGAACAAGCAAAGAAUGUUUGCAAUCUUAUUACUACUGAAACUCAGAAAGAGGAUGUGAUGAUCACAUCCCAGGUACCCUACUGUCAUAUAUCUACACAGACGACCCAUCACAUGGCAGACAUUGGCGUGCAGACAGCUCCUCAGGUCGUGAACCCUACAUUACAAACAGUCUCGGGCAGCAACCUGAUCGGCUCCGGCGCUUCGUCCAACUCAAGUUCUUCUUCACACAGAAAUCUAAAAGAGGCGAACCAGCGCCCAACUGUUCACACCGCAGUCCCUCGAGACGGCAACCUGAGGGAAAGCAUUCAGAAGCUAACCAAAGAACGACAAUACCAUUACUCCUCCAUUCGCUCCAAGCUGGAUCACAUGGUAAUGCUGCUUUCUCACAAGAGAGAACUGACGGAUCUCACCAACCUGACGCUGAGUCCUGGCCUACACAGAGGACGUAAUGGCCAGCAGGAGGGCAGGCUGGUUCACGGUACCCUUGGCAACAUGGGCAUGGGGACGUGGCCGAGGUCAAGGUGUCACCAGUAAAGUUUAGGAGAGUUUCCUGGUGGUGGUGUUAGUGUCCACCCUGCCAAGUUUUAGUAAUGCACUUUUAAUGAAAACAAUCUUUAUGCAGUUGUUUAUGAGGAAAUAUGUGGAAAGAGGAAAUAAUAGAGAAAUACAUAUUUUAAAUGUUACGUGAUACUGUAAAAAAAAUGCGAAUGUGCAUACAUACUGUUUUGUUUUUAAACUCAUUGUAUUAGAGUAAAAGGAGAGGUAAAUGCUCAACAAUGAAUAAAUACUGUCAUACAAUCAAAGUACUUUUCUUUUUUGUGAUAUUUAUGUUUGGGAAACAAAUUUUAUAGUACGCUUUGGUACCUGUUUAUCC